UAUUACAUGGAUUCUACAGAAUACGUAACGCCAAACUUUGGUUUCUAGUCCCUGGAAACCGUGACAUCAUACAUUUCGAACAUGUACAACUUUCUAUUGGGGUCUUGUUUGCUCGGCGAGGUUCAUUAUAUAUUUCAUCCGAGUGCCAGUGUGUCACAAUUGUGAUUUGAGUUCGCAUCAUACAAGCUGGUUUCAACAUGGCUCUGUGCAAGCCAAAAAUGUUAUGUGUGAUAUUAACACGGUAUUUAGUGUAAUGUCUAGGUGCAAAUGCUAAUGGAGUGUUGAUGCAAACAGAGUCUAAAGUUUUAUUGCUUGAGAAAAGGAUAGGUAACCUUGAGACUGAAUUCAGAAACUCACUUGAGGACUUUAAGAUGCAGUUAGCAGAAGGAUUUGAACAUAUUACAAUGACACAGAAAACUUACGAAUCCAAGCAGGACGAAAUAACAAGAAACAUUCAGCGAACAAUGGCCAACAUCAUAACGAAACAGUCAGAAAGUUACAAGUCGCCCUUGGAUUCAAUUAGGUCGGAUGUCAGCAGUCUAAUAAACAAAGUGUGAAUAAAUAAAUAAAUAAAAAUAAUACACCUGUGAUGUCAGGUUAACUUAUUAUUUACAUUCUUAUCUCCGAUAUGUAAUGAACAAUAUUUCCACUAUAAGCCCCUGCCAUUUUUGUAUUCUUUUUUGGGAUAUAUUUGCUUCGUCGAAGAUAGCAACAACAUCUUUAAAGUCAGCCUAUAACCAACGUCUGGAGUCCUUCCCUAGUGGGUUUAUUGAGAUAGCCUACAACAUUUGCAGUCAACACAUGACCACUGUCUAGAGUAUCUGCCUAGUGGGUUUAUUAAGAUAGCCUUCAACAUUUGCAGUAUUCGCAAGCUGCACCAUGCAUUACGAACGCUCCGAAGAACAUGAAGGUAGCGGAUAACCGGAUUGUGAGUUUCUUUUGAAAGGCGUCUGGUCACCCAGCCCCGGCGUUUCACUGGGAGAGGGGAGGAAAACCUAUCAACUCAAUGAGUCGAUGCAGAUAUGCCGUUUUCUCCACACCAUACGGCACCGCCCUACGAGUCGACGCAGCAAAAUCAACACGAGAUAAUACAUAUUUCACCUGUGUUGCCAAAAAUAACAUCGGGGAGGCUCGGGCUAAAGCAUCAUUAGAAGUCUAAUCUGUCGACACCAUACCCCAGGGGUAUCCUCGUAUAGACAUCAAUCCCCAGCUCAAGAGUGUGGAAAAGGGCCAGCCGGUCACGUUGUUGUGUGGGGCAAGCGCGGAGGGAAUGGAGCGACCCAACACAUACUGGCUUAAAGACUACUUGCCCAUCGACCUAUCUGAUCCAAGGAUCAGAAUCAAUUACAAUGGAGAUGGUUCGCUGACCAUUGAUAGCACCCAAGAGAGAGACGUGGGGAAGUAUGAAUGUGUGGCGGAGAAUGAAGUACGGGUCGCAUACUCCUUUCCAGCCAUGGUCUAUGUGAAAGUUCUAGCGCAAGAAGAAACUGAAAUUGUACAACCUCCCGAUCACCGCCAUGGCAGUCCAUUUCCCACCGACGACAUAGCGCUAGGAUCUGCGCCCAGAAACGUAACAGCCCUCAUCCAUAGCCCAUAUACCAUCCUUAUUUCCUGGGAGCAACCUGAAAUCCGAAAUAGUGUCAUUCAGGGCUACGAAGUGUUCUACACUACAAACCCUGACUUACCCAUUGUUCUGUGGCACAAAAAGGAGGUUAGUGGGGACAGUACGAUGGCUACCAUAAGUGGGCUCCAGCCAGAUGCCACCUACACCAUAUGUGUGGACGCAAACUAUAGCAUAAGCCGGGCACCACUGUCAACUCCCGUGCAAGUAUCAAAAACACACAAUGAGGUAGACACUGGAUUUUUACUGACAUUGCUGCACCGUGUGAUUGACAUUGUUUUAUUUGGAUUUACCAAAUAAUUACUCACACAGUUUGACCACGUUGAUGGCUUAACACAGGGCUACAACCUACUUUCAGUAGUGUCUUGAUGAUACUGUUUUUUUGGAAACGAAUGCGAUUAGCCAGUGAGUGACACGUGAAUGGUAGAUGAUUAGGGUUUAAACAAAAGAUGAUCUAAUUUAUUGACAGAUGAUAUUUUGUAACAUUAUUUGAAUUUAGACAAUUGUUGGCAUAAUUAUGAGCUUGGACGCAGGUGAAACUUCCACUUAAAGUUUUAUUUAUAAAGUGUUAUAUUUCUUAAAUUUAAGAAGUGGAAUCCACGAACCUGACAUCUGGAAAC